UACAGGAUAGCAGCAGAAUACAUGAAAUAGAGCAUUAAAUGUGUUUGUUUUUAAUGCAGGGGGGGUGCGUCAAAUAAGCUGCCCUGCCUUGCGAGGUUCAGGUGGGAUCCGAGAUGGAGCCAGUCAAAGAGGAGGCUACAGAAGGGGGACAGGUCCAUGUUAAAGAAGAGGCCGCUGAAUUUGACCCGGUCCACGUCAAAGAGGAGAUCCCUGAGCUGGUCGUCGUUCAGAUUGAGUACCCAGGACUGGAGCCCGUCAAAGAGGAGUGGGCAGAUUUGGGACCUGCCACCAGCGGGGCGGAGGAGCUUGCUCAAGUGGAAAGCGUCCAGUUGGAAGACGAGGGCGCCGGAGAAGGGGCUCGAGGUCUCGGCUCCGAGCCGGCGGCCGGCCGCUCUGACAGCGACCGCGGGGGCCGGUGGUGCCCCGAGUGUGGGAAGACUUUCAAGCAUGCGCACAGCCUCAAGGUGCACCAGCGCAUUCACACGGGAGAGAAACCGUACGCCUGCCCCGAGUGCGGCAAGAGCUUCCGGCAGCCGGGCCACCUGAAGGACCACCAGCGAGUCCACACGGGGGAGAGGCCUCACCAGUGCGCCGACUGCGGGAAAGCAUUCAGCUACCUGGGGCACCUGAAAGACCACGAGCGCACCCACACUGGCGCCAGGCCCUUCGCUUGUUCGGCGUGCGGGAAGAGCUUCAGCCGGCUGGGCUACCUCAAAGACCACCAGAGGAUCCACACGGGGGUCAGGCCAUACGUCUGCCCCCAGUGCGGGAAGAGCUUCAGCCGGCUGGGGCACUUCAAAGACCACCAGAGGAUCCACACGGGGGUCAGGCCGUACGUCUGCCCGCAGUGUUCGAAGAGCUUCAACGAACUGGGUUCGCUGAAAAAGCACAGGCUGGUUCACAGCGGGCUGAAGCCCUACCGCUGCGUCGCAGCUGCCUGCGGGAAGAGCUUCAGCCAGCUGGGUAACUUGAAUCGGCACUUGCUGACCCACACAGCCCGGGAGUCCACCGACCGUUGCCCCGACUGCGGGAAAAAUUUCUCAGACAACAGGAGCUUGGAGAGGCACCUUAUGGCUCUCUGUGGCGCCAAGACGCAUCUCUGCCCGGACUGUGGGAAAAGCUUUACCAAGCCUGGCGGGCUGACGAGGCACCGUUUGGUCCACACCGGCGAAAAGCGCUACCUCUGCGCGGAUUGCGGGAAGAGUUUCCGGGAUCUGUACUGCCUUAAAAUCCACCGCCGCAUCCACACGGGAGAGGAUCUGUUUUCCUGCCCUGAAUGCGGGAAAAAUUUCAACCUCCACCGCAGCUUGAAAAUUCACCAGCAGCUGCACACGGGGCUGAAACCGUAUUCCUGCCAGGAAUGUGGGAAGAGUUUUUCCAAGCCGGGAUGCCUGAAGAGGCACCAGCGCAUCCACACCGGAGCGAAGCCGUAUCACUGCGCUGACUGCGGGAAGAGUUUCAGGCAUCUGAACACUUUCAAGGUCCACCAGCAGAUUCACACCGGGGUGAAACCCUACAGCUGCGAGGACUGCGGGAAGAGUUUCCGACACACGCACACGUUUAAAAAACACAGGCAGGCUCACGCGAGCGCGAACGCAUAGUCGCUCGCACACGCAACCAGCUCCGUGAAGGAUUUAUUAUUAUUAUUAUUAUUAUUAUUAUUAUUGAGUCACUCAGCAGACACUUU